CACUCCACAUGGCUGUGCUCCUGAAGAGGUUGUUGCAUCCCCGGAGGCCCCCGGCGGCCUUGGGCCGCCCCCUGGGACGGCGCGAGGCCAGCCUGGACACUCAUGCCGGGGCUGCGGUGCGAGUGCGGUUCGCCCCCAGCCCCACAGGCUUCUUGCACCUGGGCGGCCUCCGCGCUGCCUUGUACAACUACAUCUUUGCCAAGAAGCACCGAGGGAGCUUCAUCCUGAGGCUGGAGGACACGGAUCAGACCCGCCUUGUGCCUGGGGCAGCGGAGAAUAUAGAGGACAUGCUGGAGUGGGCAGGCAUCCCCCCUGACGAGAGCCCCCGCCGGGGAGGUCCUGCGGGGCCCUACCUGCAGUCUCAGCGACUUGCGCUCUACGCCCAGGCCACCGAAGCUCUGCUGAAGAGCGGCGCUGCGUACCCGUGUUUCUGCUCACCCCAGCGGCUGGAGCUCCUGAAGAGGGAGGCCCUAAGGAACCGCCAGACACCCCGGUAUGACAAUCGGUGCCGGAGCCUGAGCGAGGCGCAGGUGGCCCAGAAGCUGGCCAAGGACCCCAAGCCUGCCAUCCGCUUCCACCUGGAGGGGGAGGCUCCAGCCUUCCAGGACUUGGUGUACGGCUGGAAUCGGCAUGAGGUGGCCAGUGUGGAGGGGGACCCAGUCAUCCUGAAGAGCGAUGGCUUCCCCACCUACCACCUGGCCUGCGUGGUGGACGACCACCACAUGGGCAUCAGCCACGUGCUGCGGGGCUCCGAGUGGCUGGUCUCCACCUCCAAGCAUCUGCUCCUCUACCAGGCCCUGGGCUGGCAGCCCCCACGCUUUGCCCACCUGCCCCUGCUCCUCAACAGGGAUGGCAGCAAGCUGUCCAAGAGGCAAGGGGACAUCUACCUGGAGCAUUUUGCUGCCGCCGGCUUCCUGCCGGAUGCCUUGCUCGAUAUCAUCACCAGCUGCGGCUCAGGGUUUGCAGAGAACCAGAUGGGCAGGACCUUGCCAGAGCUGAUCACACAGUUUGACCUGACCCGGGUCACCUGCCACUCGGCCCUGCUGGACCUGGAGAAGCUCCCAGAAUUCAACAGGCUGCACCUCCGCCGGCUGGUGAGCGAUGAGACCCAGAGACGCCAGCUGGUAGGGAAGCUACAGGCUCUCGUGGAGGAGGCUUUCGGGAGCCAGCUGCAAGACAGGCAUGUGCUGGACGCGGCCUACGUGGAGAGGAUCAUCCUGCUGAGACAGGGUCACAUUUGCCGCCUGCAGGAUUUGGUCUCCCCAGUGCACUCCUACCUGUGGACUCGCCCUGCUGUGGGCCGAGCGCAGCUGGGCACCGUCUCGGAGAAGGUGGACGUCAUUGCCAAGCGUGUGCUGGGGACCCUCCCCAACGUGUGUGCGCAACUUUUUUCCAAGAUGGAUUCCAGCCCAGGGGCCUAUGGGAUGGCCUUAGCAUCACAUAUUAUGGGGGGUGCCCCUCCUUUUUGACCCCCAAGGAGCCUUUCUGCGCAUGUGCAAUGUUUCCCUUGCCCCAAGGAUGGGAAAUGUAUGACUUCUUGAUCUUUUAACAGGGUUUAGUCCUACUCUGUCCCUGCCAUAAAAAUGUCCAAUGUCUGACAGAUGUAGAGAACAAACGUAUGGACACCAAGGGGGGAAAGUGGCGGGGAGUGGGGGUGGUGGUGUGAUGAAUUGGGAGAUUGGGAUUGACAUAUCUACACUAAUAUGUAUUAAAUGGAUAACUAAUAAGAACAUGUCCAAUGUCUGGUUAUUUACCCAAUUUCUGUUGCUGGUUUUUAUAUCAAGGUGCAGAUUCUGAAAUAUAGACAGGAGUCUGGUCAUAAAUAUGUAGUCCUGGAGCCCGUUUGUCUCUUGCUUCAGGAAACGUAAACAGUGGGCUGGUAAUGAUGAAUGUCCACCCUGGAGCCCAUCUUCUCCUCACCCCAGGAGGUGUGAACAGGAGGCCAGUUGUAAAUGCCUAGCCUGGAGCCCAUCUAUCUCCUGCCUCAGUCUGAGUCCAUUCAGUCCUGUCGUCGUUCAUCCAUUUGACAAACGCCUACUCUGUGCCAGGCCCUGUGAGGCCUGAGGGUGUGGAGAGGAAUUAGACAAAGCCUUGUUCAUUGUGGGGGCUAAGUCCACAGAUUUUUGUUCCUUCCUUCACUCAGUGCCUUAAGCUUUUAAAAAUAAGGGCUUCCCUGGUGGCGUAGUGGUUAAGAACCUGCCUGCCAACAUGGGGGACACGGGUUCGAGCCCUGGUCUGGGGAAGAUCCCACAUGCCGCGGAGCAAUUAAGCCCGUGUGCCACAACUACUGAGCCCGCGCUCUGGAUCCCGCGAGCCACAACUACUGAGCCCACGUGCCACAACUACUGAAGCCCGCGCUCCGCAACAGGAGAAGCCACCUCAGUGAGAAGCCCUCGCACCGCAACCAAGAGUGGCCCCCGCUCACCGCAACUAGAGAAAGCCCGCGCGCAGCAACGAAGACCCAAUGCAGCCAAAAAUAAAAAUAAAAAAAUUAAUUUAUUAAAAAUAAAUAACUAAAUAAAACACAAACAAAUAAAAGAUAAGGCUCCUGCCUCAAAAAGAUCACAGUGUCAUAGGUGACUAACAAUCACAAAAAUGCAAGUGUGGAGGAGGUGGUGGAGGAGCAAGCAAAGGGAUACAGGGAUAUGGAUAUCCUUGGGUGUGGGGAGUCAGUCAGGAAAUGCCUGCGUGACAAGGAGUUGGACUAUUGUUUUUUGCUUUUAAUUUCAGAGAAACAGUGAAUAAUUUCUUAGUAUAAGUAUGUCCCAUGCAAUAUUAUACUUAUACUAAAAAAGUUAUUUAUAAUUGUGUAAGGGUGGCCAAAAUGGGUGAAUGUGAUCAAAAGGUACAAACUUCGAGUUAAAAAUAGGUAAGUCCGGGCUUCCCUGGUGGCGCAGUCGUUGAGAGUCUGCCUGCUAAUGCAGGGGACACGGGUUCGAUCCCUGGUCUGGGAAGAUCCCAUAUGCUGCGGAGCAACUGGGCCCGUGAGCCACCAUUACUGAGCCUGUGUGUCUGGAGCCUGUGCUCCGCAACAAGAGAGGCCGUGAUAGUGAGAGGCCCGCGCACCGCGAUGAAGAGUGGCCCCCACUUGCCACAACUAGAGAAAGCCCUCGCACAGAAACAAAGACCCAACACAGCCAUAAAUUAAAAAAAAAAAAAAAAAAGGUAAGUCCUGGGGAUGCAAUAUACGGCAUGGUGAUUCUAGUUAACAAUACUGCACUAUAUAUUUGAAGGUUGCUAAGAGAGUAGAUUUUAGAAGUUCUCAUAAGAAAAAGAAAUUUUGUAAUGAUGGGUAAUGUUGGAUACUAACAAGACAUAUUGUGGUGAUCAUUUUGCAAGACACACAAAUAUCAAAUCAUGUACACCUGAAACUAACACAACAUUAUAUGUUAAUUAUAUCUCAGUUUUUAAAAAUUAUUUGUUGUUUGUCUGAAAUUCUGAUUUAACUGGGCUUCCUGUAUCUUUACUAGCUAAAUCUGGCAGCCCAACCCUGAGGUACUUUGACAGACAACAGAGGCAGGAUGUUCCAGGCUGAGGGAAGAGAACAGGCAAAAAGAUACGCAGUGGGAAAGAAGGAAUCAGAGGUGGUCCCUCAAGCAUCGCCUGGAGGGAGAAUGAUUUGAUUCUUGGGCAUUACCCCAGACCUACUGAAUCAGAAACUGUGUGGGUGGGUCCCUGCAUUCUGUGUUUUAACAAGCCCUCCAGGUGAUUCUGACAAAUGUUAGUUUGAGAGCCACUGAUCACAUGUCAAAAUGUUAAAAGAGUGCAGAUGCUUAAAAUAAAUAACAUAAGCCAGGUAUAAGAAAUAUUCAGGAGGUGAUGGAUGGUUCUUGGUAGGGUACAGUCUCCAGUCAUCUCCAGGCAUUUGUUGCAACAAGGAAACCCAGCUCCAGUGUUGCCAGAUGUUAGAACUUUUGAGAGAUGAACACAUGUUAAAGAUUUCACUUAAAACCUGGUGAGAUGUUACAACCAGUUCAAAGGCGAAUCCAAAGAACAGACACAUUUAUAGAUCAGGAAUAUAGAAAUGAAUGUGCACAAUGGAGGCAAAGCUGUUUUUUCCACGGGGAGAGGGUUGUGUCUUCCUGGGACAGAAUCAUUUGCAUGUCUAUAGACAAGAAUAAUUUUCCAUUGCUUUCAGUUAUUUACAGUUUACAGAGAAGUAAAAUAAUUCCCAAGGAACCAAGAUCAGAUAACACAGAAGGCCAUGCUGUAAACAAUGCUUAGUUUUCAUUGAUUUCAUACAAAACUUCCCCAACAUGAAUAAUGUUACAGACUGAAUGUGUCCCCUUAAAAUUCAAAUUCACACACUGAAGCGCUUAUCUCCAUGUGAUGGUAUUUGAGGUAGGGCUGUGGCAGGUAAUUAGGUUAAGAUGUGGUGCCGAGGGUGGGGCCCUCAGGAUGGGAUUAGUGCCCCAAUAAGAGGAAGAUAUCAGAGCACGCUCUCUCUCCACCCUGUGAACACACAGCAAGAAAGCAGCCCUCUGCAAACCUGGAAGCAGGUUGUCACCAGGAACCCAUCAGCAGCACCUUGAUCUUGGACUUCCCAGCCUUCAGUGAGAAAUAAAUGUCUGUUGUUUAGGCCAACCAGUCUGUGGUAUUUUUUAUAGCAGCCCAAGUUUACUAAGACAGGUAACAACUGUAAAAGAACCUGGCACACAGAGGGGAGUUCAGUCAGAUAAUUUCCAAAUAGAAGGCAGCAAUCUGUCAGAUGGAGAUGUGUGUGUCUGGACUUAUUUUGGAGCUGAAAUAGCACAGCAAGUGUACUGCUAAACCUAGACCGUGUGUUUAUUUGGGGUAUGGAUGGGACCUAAAAUCCUGUAGCUACCUCUUACUGCUUCCACUGUUCAUCUGGCCAUUCAACAAAUAUGUAUUGGCACUGGUGUGCCAGGCACUACCCUAGGUAUUGGGGACAUAAAAGUGUACAAAAUUCCUGCUUAAAUUAGUGGCGUGAAGCAGGUAAUGGAGUAUAGAGGAUUUGUGCUUCCAAGGAAAAUUACACAUUGUCUAGAGAGCACACCUUUCCAGUUCCUAUCCUUUCUUUCACUGUCUCAGAGAUGUCUUACACUCUUAGCUGUAGAUAACUGAGAGCAACGCAAAUAAUCCUUGCCUAUAAACAUGCAAAUUGGGGAAUUCCCUGGCGGUCCAGUGGUUAGGACUCCGUGCUUCCCUGGUCGGGGAACUAAGAUCCUGCAAGCCCC